UCCCUCGAGCCCUCCGCAGACACCCUCGCUGCUUUCCAAUUGACCAAGGCUGCUCUAGCCGAUGCAACCCUCCUGACGCUUAGGAAGGAAGAUCAGCAUGGUCAGAAAUCCCUGCAGUUGACGCUUGGAAGAAAGAAGUGGAAAUUCGUGGAUGGCCACAACUUUCGAAGGAAGAGGAUGGAUGCCGUUGGUAUCAACCAGACGUCCAAGGAACGCCAGGGAGGGAAAAGCGAAGACGCAUUUGGAAGGUUUGAAGACAACGCUAAAUUGUUGAACGCGGUCAAACACCGUUGGGAGACGCCCCGCGUGUUCCUUGUCGGUGGCGCUGACCACCAGUACGUCAUUAAUGUAGGUGUAUUCGAAUGGUGGGCCAUUACGCACUCUAUCUACGAGCCUGCGGAAGGUCUGGGAAGCAUUAUAGUGUCAGAAAGAUAUUUGAAUGAACUUAAAGAGGGCAAAGAGUGCGGGGGUGAUGGUCCCACUCGAACUGUCCUCCGGAGCUAUAGGGACCUUGUGGAAUAA